AUGGCUUCCUCCUCCCAACAAUCUCAGCCCUUCGACGGCCACUUCACGGUGCUGGACGACACCCAGUUUCAUAUCCGAGGCCGCACGCUCUUCUUCGUCAUCGUCCUCUUCACCGUCGUCCUCCUCGUCACCGUCCUCUUGCUCUACGCGCGCUGGGUAUGCCACUACUACCCCAACACCUCCUCCUCAUCCAACGCGCCGCCCAACGCGCCGCCGCAGAGUCAGCCCAAGGGACUCGACCCCGCCGCCAUCCGAACCUUGCCAAUCGUCCUGUACCAGCAAUCGGAUCGGGACUUGGAGGCUGGCGGCGGCGGCGGCGGAGAGUGUUGCAUAUGCCUCGGGGUUUUCAGAGAUGGCGAGAAGGUUAAGGUUCUGCCGAAUUGCAGCCAUUGCUACCACUCUGAGUGCGUGGAUACGUGGCUCGCGACUCGGUCGAGUUGCCCGCUGUGUCGAGCUCAACUCCAAGCUCAGUCCACUACUUCCUGA